GGAAAAACAGUGUGAGUUCCUUGAAAUUGCAUUGUGCAUGAGUUCCUUGGAAUUGCAUUGCAUCAUUUCAUUUUACUUGAAACACUUACGAAGAACUGUUGUGUUCUUAUAUUUAGUGCAGAAUAUCAUGUUUCGUUUUUAUCUUGUGAUUUUUAUCCUCGUGCUGUUUUAUAUUGCGCCAACGUAUUCAAUAGACGGUAUGUGUACAUUUUUCAUUUUGUUUCAGUUAUAAUAUAACGGCUCGCAAUGGUAGACAGAUAAAAAUUCAGAAUUAUGUCUUGUACGGAACUGCCAUGUGGCUCAGUACAUACACGAGUUGUCAAUGUCAAUGAUUUGUCACGCACGUGUUACUGUUUGUAUGUUAAAGUAUUAUUGAAUGACACUGUAUUAUAUAUUACUGCUCAAACAGUAUGAUGAAAUUAUUAUAUCAAAAGUGAAAAUAAAGAAACACUGAUGCCGGCAUUUUAUAGAUUCAUUAUUUAUUUAUAAUAUUAAGGAUUGCAUAUGUGAGUUUUACGUAGAAGUUCGCGUAUAGUACGCGUAGUCUGGGAUUUGCACCAGCAAUUUUGCUGCAGGGAAAGAGAUUUAGCAAAUCAGUGGCUCGGAUGACUGCGAUUCAGACAAAAUUUGGCUGGGAAAUUUCAAUCCCUUUCGCAGACCUAGAAAACAUAUUUCUCUUCCUGAUAGCAACUAUCAAAACUAAAAAUUUCCUGUGUAAGUCCAAUAUAAAACUUCCUGCAUAUGUAGAUUUCAGAGAACGUAUGGAUGGUGGCGCACAUUGUGAUAAACUUCAAACUUGCACAAGACAAUCUCGACUCGCAAAACACUUUUGGAAUUCUUACAAUAAGAAAAUUAUAGAACAUUCCAGUAUAUAAGAUAACAAAAAUUUCCUGCAAGGUUCAAGAAGAUUUCCUGCGAAGACAUUUUCUUAAAGGUUUCCUUGCAGCGGUGCGGCUGGCGCUCCCGGAUAUUUUCCAACCCUGCCCAUUCGUUACUCUCAUGAAAGUUUAGGUAGGAGUAGGAAGGCUAAGCUGCAGUAAGCUACGGUUUGAAUCAACAUUAACCUUUUAAUGAAGUUUAUCCUAUCUGUAGCCUUGUACAAAGACUGGAACCAAAUUUUAAUCACAAAUUCUCAUGCUGUAAUUAAAAGUUUAUAACUUCACUUCUUUUGAUAAAUAUAGAAUGCUCUGCUAGAAUUAUAAACUGUACUUUGAAAGAUGGAAAACAUACAGUGGCCAGCACAAACACAGGUAGGAUCGUCGGAGAAAAUAAACAAUAAACGAACAAACAAAUAAACAUAAGAGACAAGAAACAACGACAAUUACAGCACCAACAACAACAAAGAUAACAACAUUUCUGGUGAGAAGAACCAUUCAAAUCCAGUUAUACCAUUACCUCAUUUUUGUGAGUCUUAAUUGUACAUAAUUAUCGUUUCCAGAUCCUCCAAGGAUGGAAUUCAAAACAACCAGCCUAAUUGUGACUUUCAAAGCAACAAUCGGCUUACACUGUAGACUGUGUCAGAGCAACCCAGCAUCCACCGUUGAAUGGUUAUUCAAUGGAAAACCGCUCAUUUUCAAAGGAGAGAGAAUGCACAUAACAUUGACUCCUUGCCAAGAAACACUGUUUUUAUUGACAACCUUACAUGAAGAUGAAGGCAACUUCACUUGCGUGGCAAGGAACAAAUUCGGUGAAGCGAAUUCGACAACAGAAGUAAAAAUUUUUGGUAAAUCUUACUACAUAUAUUCGUUAUAACCAUGGUAUAGAAAAUGAACAUUUUUCUUUUUCCAAUCAUUUAGCAAUACUAAUAAGAAUAUUUCGAUAUUCUCAGCGUGAUUGUAAUAGCAAUAAUUUAAUAAUUGGCAAUCAAAAAUUAUUUUUUGUUCUAGGCACUGGUUGUUCAAAUGAAUGCGUUUUGACUGGUGGUGGAAGACAUCAAGUUGGCAGUAAAAGAUUGGGUGAGAAACUAGCCUGAAUUGAAGUUUCCAAAAACAUCGGUUGUGGAGACAUGAAAAUCACGACGUUUCCUCAAAUGUUCGCCCAUCUUUGGAAAAAUUAUAAUUGCAACUGUGUGCGUCUGUGGUUUGUGCAUGAACUACCUAAAAAUGAAAUUUCAAACGUAGGGGUCCCGAGUGUAGGUAGUAACCUUGCAAAAAUCUACCGUGAUUUAAUUGUGCCUGAACUACAUGAAAAAUGUUUCAAACAAUUGCAGAGCUGAUGUGUUUUUAAUAAUCUUUUUCAGGCAGUUUGGACACAACAACAACAACAACAACAACAACAACAACAACAACAACAACAACAACAACAACAACAACAACAACAACAACAACAACAACAACAACAACAACAACAACAACAACAGCAACAACAACAACAACAACAACAACAACAACAGCAACAACAACAACAACAACCCAUAAUGAUAUUAUUGAUAUAGUUAUUGCCAACCUUUUCUCUUUAUUACAACUACAGGUCCACCAAAAAUGAAAUUCAAGCAGUACCAUCAAAACGCAGGGACGAACGAUAUGGUAAAGAUAUCAUGUACACUCUGUGAAAGUAAUCCACCAUCAACAUUAACAUGGUUUUUCAAUGGUAUCCAACUUGAUCUAAACAAAAAUAAAAUAUCAGUAAUUUCUGGUGGGUGCGAAGAAUCGCUGCACUUUCGAGCCUUAAAAAAUAAUGCAGGAAAUUACACAUGUAUGGCUAAAAAUCACUUUGGGGAAGCGUAUUCAACGACGAAAAUAAACUUUUAUGGUAAUGAAUGCUUGAUAUUUUUCUCCUAUUUUGUUGGUUUUGUACAUCUACACCAACCUACAAAUUGUGUUGCAUGCGGUAUAUGCUGGUCACUGAAGCGCAGUGAUCGUGCAGCACAUGGUGUCCAAGGGUUCGAAGACGAAGAGUGGGGGGGGGGGGCAGUGAGAAACCAGUAAUGUUAAUUUUUCAUUGUAGUCAGUGGACUUGUAUUUGUUGGAAAAAUAAAAUGAGAUAUGGUUUAAUUUUAAUAAGAUAUGGUUUAAUCACAUAUUUACAUUAUUUUCUAAUUAGAUAAUUCGAUAAUACCACCAAUGAUUACGGUCAAGCUGGAAGCACAAACGGAUACCAUUCGGGGGAACGCAGUUAAACUUGGUGCACGACUUAACAUUACUUGCACUGCACUUAACACGAACUGUGCGGAGUUUAUUUGGUCGUGGAAGAGGAAUGAUUACUUAAUCACACAAAAUGAAACUCAAUACAGACAGGAAAGUAGUACGAAUCCAUGUAUAAGAAAGCUAAUGAUUGAAAAAGUGAUAGCUGCUAGCACGGGAAUAUACCAAUGCAGUGCCAUGGGCUGGAGUAAGAUUUUUGCGACAGCGACUAGUAAAAACGAAAUUUCAAUAAGCACUGGUGAGUAAAACAAAAUGGAGGCACAAAAGUGCCAUAUGUUAUUCAAGAAAUGAAAUUCAAAAAAUGUCUGAAAGUAUAUUUGGUUAAUAGAUCUGCAGUGUUGAUCAACAUAAGAAAGGGUCAGUUGGUGACACAAUAGUACGGAUUCCUGCAACAUACUUUAUUUGUCUGAAUAAUUAUAAUUUCGCCUCUUUUGCAUAUAAGAAGAGUGUUUUCAGCGUGACUCUACCAAACAUCACUAGUUUUCUAGAACAGUUUAGAAAUGCUGAGCUAUCCGAUUCAUAUAAAGUGUUUUAGUUUUGGCUUCUUCUUAUAACAACACAAGAUCAUCAAGGGUAUACUUCUCACUGGACCUCUAGAUAUUCAUUUCGAGAUGGUCCUUAUCUAGCCUGGACCUUACUGGCCUUCUAAAAGAGACAGUUUAGAACUGAUAUAGCUAUCCAGUAUUAACAAACUUAAUUUAGUUUGGGUUUCUUCCUGUAUAGCAACGCUGGAAGAAUAGGGAAUGGACUUUACUGGAAUGGGACAUUUUAGACACAACUGAAAAGCUAUUCAGUAAAGAAUUAACUUAAUUGGAACUAACUACAUUUUCACAAUAUUAUUCUUUCUGCAUCUUUCCAGUUCCUUGCUUUAAAGGUUUCUACUGUCCACUGAAAGUUCACGGAGCUAAACGUUGUCCAAGCGGUACAUUUAGCAUGCAACAGGAUGCAACAAACGUCAAUCAGUGUGAGCCAUGCCCAACUAACGCUAGAAACGAAACGUUGAUGCUUCUCGAUGACAAAAAUCCAGAAGCAGCGAACAUUUUUAAGAUAAACUGUCCAUAUUACGCAGGUAUGAUGCUAGUCUAUAGAAUGGUGCUAAUGCCCGUAUUCUAAAAGCUCACUCACACUCAAUGAGUGAAGAUUCAAUCUGAGCUUCUCUUGCACGAGUGUCAAUGCUGUUUUUGAAUAGCUGGAUGAUUAGUGUCGCACCUUUGACACCUUACUAUGUGACUACUCAACCUCCAGCUAUUCAUGAUCAAAAACAGCAUUGACACUCAAAAGACAAAAUUUACUGGGGGGGGGGGCUAAGCCCCCCCCCCCACUUUUACUUCGGGGGGGGGGGGCUAAAGCCCCCCCAGCCCCCCUGUUCCGCCGCCACUGACAUCGUUCACAUUCGGAACGAUGCGAAGUUUUAAUUUCUAUAUUAGGGACAGUUCAUUAUUUAUACCAGGGGUUGGUACCGAAGAGAUAUGGGUUGGGUAAUCAGGUUUUUGACUAGCUCAUGGGUUGGGUAAAAAAAUUACCAUGCAUUGGAAAAUAUAAAGAAAAAAUGUGUACAAUACGUUCUGUACAAAAAUAGACCAUCAGUGAUUGAGGAAGGACUCCAUCAUUGAUCAGCAGAAACGUGAUUGCUUUUUCACACUCAGUGAGUUUAUGAGCUUUUAGAAUUUAAGCAACUUCAUUUCUGUAACCAUAAUCUUGUGUGUUUAAUUAUUAUGAAGUACAGCAACACAUGGGUUGGGUAAACAUUAUUUUGACCAUUGUUGAGGUUGGGUAAAUGAAAGAUUUACAGUGUUUCUCGCUUCUCUUCGGUACCAACCCCAGGUAUAAAUAAUGAACGGUCCCUCAUAUAUCAUUGUUUUAGCAGAAACGUCAGAUAAAAAAGCAGAUUUAUCCAGUGGUGAAAUAGUGGCCAUUACUUUGUCAUUUACUGUAUUGGUUAUCGUGGUUAUUCUGGCAGUAUUGUAUGGUAUGCGGAACUGUGCAGAGGAUUACAAAAACUGUUCAGACGAUACUACCAUGUUAUGAAAAGAUGACUGCCAUCUUUGAAUUGCCCGAGACCUUUUCAGCAAUUUUGAGCAUCUCAAAAGAACUCAUGAGGAAUGAAAUUUUAAACAAACAAGGCCAAAAAAAUAUAUGUGGGUUUCCGGUUUCUUCUUAUAAAAACUUAGGUAGGGUAGGUCGGUUUUAACUUUUUUUUAAACUUUUUUUUUUAAUUUCCUAACAACCGGACGCCAUUUUGUUUAGUCAGUGCUUCCACAUCCAAAGAUAAAUUUCCCUAAUAUUGCCUCAAAUUUCAAUUUUCCACAAACUUUUUUUGAUCAAAGCAUGAUCCACUAAAAAAGUUUAGGGUCGGGAUUUCGACGUCCAAAAGCUAGGUAGGGUCGGGAAACCGGAAACCCACAUAUUUUUUUUUGGCCCAACACUCUUAAUUUACUCACUUUAGAUCAUGUACAGUGUGUAUAAAAAAACUGAACCCUUUCAAAUCCAAAUUAGCUAUAACGUAUAUUGUAGUAAUUUGACAGCUCUGAUUGCUUUGAAUCAAUGGUUGAGUAAGAACACAAGGUCUUGUACUCACGGGACAAAACUCGAAGAAACAAAAAUUAGAAAAUUUAAAAGAAAUACUGUAUUUCUUUUAAAUUAUCUAAUUUUUAUUUCUUUGAGUUUUAGCUAUCCAGUAUUAACAAACUUAAUUUAGUUUUGGUUUCCUCCUGUAUAGCAACGCUGGAAGAAUAGGGAAUGGACUUUACUGGAAUAGGACCAUUUCAGACACAACUGAUGCUAUUCAGUAAAGAAUUAUUAUUCUUUCAAUAUUAUUCUUUCUGCAUCUUUUCAGUAAGUUCCUUGCUUUAAAGGUUUCUACUGUCCACUGAAAGUUCACGGAGCUAAACGUUGUCCAAACGGUACAUUUAGCAUGCAACAGGAUGCAACAAACGUCAAUCAGUGUGAGCCAUGCCCAACUAACGCUAGAAUUUAUUAACAAAAGUUCUAUUAAAUUUCUUUUCAUAAACAUGCACAACUAAUUAAUUAUUUUUAUUCAGUUUUAUAAUUCAGUUUUUAUGUUUUCGGGCCUCGUUGAGUUUAAAAUUAUAGCAAUUAUCUAAAUUAUUUUCUGAAAAGAUACUCAGAUACAUCAUUACAUGUAUUGCUGCAAUGCCAAAUACACGAUUCAAUUAAAUAAUAUAUUAAUAAUAUACAUGCUACUUCAGCAAUACGUCCACGAUAGCUCACGAACUAGUGUUGUUGAUAGCAGAUUUAAGAAAUGUUCUUAGCUCCUUCAGUUCAUCCAAAUUCUGAUUAAACUUGGCAACUUUCCUGUCAUACCACUCUCGUGUUUUCUUAAGCACAGCAAAUGCUUUUGUUCCUUUACCAGGAAUGGAAACCCAAACACUGUACUCACGACGAUCAACAUUGACAUCAGUCGCUGGCCAGGGUCUUUUGAAAUAUUUGAACAUAAAACCUCUCACUUCGUCCUCACUUGUAAAAAUAUCAUAUUUCAUUGUUCGAGUUGGACCUCUCAAGAAAGCUUGUACGCUAGGAUGGCCAUCUAUUAUGGCUUCUUCUUGCUCCCAACUGAAUGGUUUGACUUUCAUCUUCUCAAUCUUUUCCAACUGUUCAAUUCUACACUUCAACAAUUGGAUCCAAAACCCGUUGUCACCCAAUUCGUGACUCAUUAAGCUUUUGACCAGCUCUUGCAAAAUACAACUGCCUUCGGAAUGGCGAAUGUAAUCACAAACCCCGUCAGUGAAUAUCUGGAGUAACUCUUGGUCACCGAUAUGAAACAACAAAAUUGCAAUCUUUUCAGCUCGUGUAUUUUCGGUUGUUUGAUAUAUCUCCGUAUCUUCAAGUUGGUUUGUUUGAGCAUCAGUUCCAAAUUUCUCUACUAAGCACGUUAAAAUGGACCUGAAACGUACAUCUCCUUCAACGAAACGCUCAUCAUUUUUCAUUUCUUUAAGAUACUUCAUAAGAAACUCAGCCCACCUCCCAUGUUGCGAAACUGGACUCAAAUCGAACAACGUCUUAACUGCUUCAGAUAAAGACGGCCAGCCAAGAUCAACUACUAGUUUAACAAGUGGUUGAAUCAUAGAAUCAUCAAGGCAAUACGGUUCUCUCU